GAGCCAUGGCUUCCCUGGAUGCUGAGGUGGUGGCUAACAGCCCGGUUGAAGUUGCAGCAGAACCAACGCUCCUGGUGUUGGACACAAGCCCCAGCUGUGAACUCGUCCAAGGGAUCGACGACGAGCCAGGGUUGGCCACCGAGAAAACGGGGCAGGUGCCAAAUCCUGUGGCAGGCAGCGGAAACACAAUGGGUAACAUCACUUUACAGAACAAUAGCAGGGAGCUGCCGUGCCCUGGGACCAGCCAAGAGAUUGUGGUGAAGACCCCCGAUCCUGAGACUGUGGUGGUGCCGGGCCUGUUAGGGGAAGGGACGGGAAGCAUUGAGCAGCAGUGCAAAUCGAGCGAGCCCUUCCUGGCCUCAGAGUGCCCUUCGCCUGAUGCUGUGGCUGCUAGUCGCCCAGUUUCUCAAACUGGAGCUCCUUCUGCCAAAAGUCUUGCAGGCCACGCUGCUAAGACAUUCCCCACCUCCCCCACCAAGGCUUUGGGUGCAAACAGAGCGAAGAUGACACUAACCGGGAUCAACAAGUCGCCGAACUCCAUUCAGAGCCUUGCCAUGAAGCUGCUCAGCGUGCCGACGGGGCGGGCGGGCAACGAGGUGGCACCAGUUCCUGUCGAGGUGCAGAGACCAACCUCCACUCCGGAUGAGAAACCCAAGGUCCACAAAGCAAGAAAGUCGAUAUCCAGAUCCAGUGCCAGUCAGAGGUUGUCUAUGGAGCUGGGGACCUUGCACAUGGAACAAUCAGGCCAGAUCCCUGGUGUGACGACAGAGCCAGACCUUGCAGUCCUGGGUCAAGAUGAGAAUCAGGAGGUGCACAGAGCGAGGAAAUCAAUACUGAAAGGUGGCUUUAGUCAGAGCUUGGUGGAGAAGUUGGCGAGCUUGCCUGUCGGCCGGCCAGUUGGUGAAGGUCCUGGAGGAAUAGCAGAGUCGGAACAUGCAGUGCAUUCUCCGGACGAGAACCAGGACGUCCACCGAGCCCGAAAGUCGAUUCUCAAAGGCAACUUCAGUCAGCGGAUGGCGGGUCUGCCGACUGGCCGAACAAUCAAUGAAGUUGGCGCAGAAACAGAGGUCACAGUCCCAGAUCCGGAGGAAUAUCCAGAGAUCCACAGAGCGAGAAAAUCCUUUCUCUCAACAAACACCGGUCAGAAUUUGGCCAGGAGUCUUGCAAGUGAAUCUAUAGGCCAAGGCAGGAAUGAAGUGUCAACAGCAACAGCAGAGAGACCGGAUACUCACCAAGGCCAGGUGGAGAAAGCAAAGGUUCACAGGGCCAGGAAGUCGAUGUUUAAACCCAGCCCUGCUCAGAUGAAGCUGGUGGAGAUGAAAGGUGAUUCUUGCCACCCGGAUCCUGUGACCCCAACUAUGCAGCAGCAGUUUGAAUUGCUGCCGGGCAGAGGUACAGCUGAGGCGGAAGCAGGGGUGCCAGCAGCACUCAUCAAGAAGAGAAAACCAGAAAACUUAGGUAUGGAGUCCCCCAAGAAAAUCAGUCUUCUGAAAGAAGAAAUGGCCAAGGAGCCGACACCACUGGGAUCUAUGCGAGUGCGGUCCAGGGGAGGGGCUGAUGCAGUAACCAGCAGUGGGGCUUUGAAUUUGAGUGGUGCUAUGAACAGGGUCCAUCCGCAAGAGGUGAAAGAGGUCACCAGGGUAGCUGGUUCGGUUCCAGUUCUGGAUCUCUCCAAGGAGGCAGAAUCUGAGAAGGUGGUGGAGCCAAUGGAAGUGUUAGAUGAAUGGGAUACCGAGGUGGGCGAUGACUUCAACCUCUUCUAUGAUAGUUACUCGGUGGAUGGGAGAGCAGAUUCUGAUAAGUCCAGCAAGACUGAGGGUGAUGCAGCUGAGGAUCGAUUGAGUGAUGUGGAGGAUGACGAGGAGGAGCUAGAAGGGUCUGGAAACAUCUCUGACAGGAGCUCCAAUUCGAGUUUGAAAAGGAAAGGAAAGAAGAAGUGGAAGAGCGAGAGCCCGUGGGUGAAACCUACCCGAAAACGCAGGAGGAAAGAGCGCAUGAAGCAGGGUAAAGGGGCAGUUCCAGUGAGGCAGACAACAGCUGAUUUCACAAAACUGAAAGAAGUGAUGAAUUCUUCAGGAGGAGGUGGAGUGGGGAACCAGGCACAGAGCGAGUACACAGAAGUCCCACUGGGGUCUCUGGAGCUUCCCAAUGAGGGCAGUCUUUCCCCACAGCCAACAGGGGUGUCCAAUGAUGCCAGCUCCAUGGAAACGGAUCGGUUUGAGGAGCUGCCGCUGUGCAGCUGCCGAAUGGAGGCCCCAAAGAUUGACCGCAUCACUGAGCUCUCCAACAACAAGUGCAUGGCGACUGAGAGCACCGAUGGACAGCUGAGUGGCUGCAGUAACAGCAUCACCAAAUGUGAGACAAUGAGACCGUCCAGUCGAGUGCCGCUGAUGGUCCUGUGUGAAGUGCACAGGGCUCGAAUGGUGAAACACCAUUGCUGUCCAGGCUGUGGCUACUUCUGUACAGCGGGAUCGUUUCUGGAGUGUCACCCGGACUUCAGGAUCACUCACCGUUUUCACAAGAGCUGCGUUUCCCAACUGAAUGGGAUGAUCUUCUGCCCACAUUGUGGGGAGGAUGCCUCUGAAGCACAGGAGAUCACAGUGGCUAAAGCAGAUACAUCCAGCAUGGUACCGGUGCCAGCACCUCCCAGCCAGGAGCACCUGAUGAACGGCAGAGCCGACACCACACACGCUAGUGCUCGAAUGAGUGGGAACGGAGAAGCAAAGAAAUCGAGUCUGGAGCCCCCAGCAGACAGUAUUGACAGCUCGGGCCCAUCAAUUGUCCUGUCGUCCGGAAAAACGCUGUCAGCUGUUGGACUUCCACCUGGACCUGGCAGAGAGGCUCUGGAGAAAGGGUUGGUUCUCCAACAAGCUGAGAGGCGGAAGAAACUGCGAUUUCACCCACGACAGCUAUACCUUUGGGCCAAGCAGGGUGAACUGCAGAAAGUGCUGCUCAUGCUGCUGGACGACCAUGAUCCAAACUUCCAGACAGACCAGCAGAGCAGACGCAUGCCACUCCAUGCAGCCGCCCAGAAGGGUUACCUGGAGAUCUGCCACAUCCUGCUGCAGGCUGGUGCAACUGUUGACGUAUGUGACAAGCUCCAGAGGACUCCAUUAAUGGAAGCCAUCAUGAACAACCAUUAUGACGUUGUCAAAUUACUGGCCAAGCAUGGGGCAUGCGUCUUCCACAAGGUCUCUGCAAGAACAGUUUCACCAAGUGCCGCCAUUUUUCCCUUUCGUUGUAGCCCGGUAAAUGCUUUUCCUCAGGAAUUAGAUGCCUCCACUUGCCUACACCAUGCUGCUAAGAAUGGGAGUGUCCAAAUGGUGCAUUUCCUGCUAGCUACUGGACAAGUGGACUUAAACACACAGGACAGUGGUGGUUGGACUCCGGUUAUAUGGGCAGCAGAACACAAGCACAUUGAAAUCAUCAAACUGCUCCUAGGACGAGGGGCCAAUGUCGCCUUGAAGGACAAUGAGGAGAACAUCUGUUUACACUGGGCAGCCUUUGCUGGCUCCUCUGACAUUGCCGAGGUGCUUCUGAAUGCCAGAUGUGAUCUACACGCAGUGAACAUGCAUGGAGAUACCCCGCUACACAUCGCAGCGCGGGAGAACUUCUAUGAUUGUGUCAUACUGUUUCUGUCUCGUGGAGCGGACAUCGAGGUGAAGAAUCGUGAGGGAGAUAGCCCUCUGGAUUGCUGCAUCAUGAAUUCUCAGGUCUGGUUCGCCCUGCAGCUCAACAAGAGGCUGAAACAAGGCAUCUUGAAUCGAGCAGUUCGCACGGAAAAGAUCAUCAGUAGGGACAUUGCCAGAGGUUAUGAAAAUGUCCCAAUACCUUGUGUGAAUGCAGUGGAUGCUGAAACCUCCCCGGAGGAUUACAAAUACAUCUCUGAGAACUGUGAGACGUCCACGAUGAACAUUGACAGAAACAUCACACAUCUCCAGCACUGUACCUGCUUGGACGACUGCUCCUCUAGUAACUGCCUAUGUGGACAGCUCAGUAUUCGCUGUUGGUACGACAAGGAUGGGCGUCUUUUACAAGAAUUCAACAAGAUUGAGCCGCCCCUGAUCUUCGAGUGCAAUCAGGCGUGUUCCUGCUGGCGGACAUGCAAGAACCGUGUGGUGCAAAGUGGAAUCAGAGUUCGCUUACAGCUCUAUCGGACAGAGAAGAUGGGCUGGGGCGUGCGAGCUCUGCAGGACAUUCCACAGGGGACCUUCAUCUGUGAGUACGUUGGUGAGAUCAUUUCAGAUGCUGAAGCGGAUGUGCGUGAAGAUGACUCCUACCUUUUUGACCUGGACAAUAAGGAUGGGGAAGUGUACUGCAUUGAUGCCCGUUACUAUGGCAAUGUGAGCCGCUUCAUAAACCACCUGUGCGACCCCAACAUCAUUCCCGUACGUGUCUUCAUGCUUCAUCAGGACCUCCGAUUCCCCCGGAUCGCGUUCUUCAGCAGUCGGGAUAUCAAAACAGGCGAGGAGCUUGGCUUUGAUUACGGAGACCGGUUCUGGGACAUCAAGUGUAAAUACUUCACCUGCCAAUGCGGCUCGGAGAAAUGCAAGCACUCCGCAGAGGCCAUCGCCCUGGAGCAGAGUCGUUUGGCCAGGCUCGAGUCGUACCAGGAUGCCAUUCCCGAGAGCAGCCUGACUAUAGUUGGACCACCAUGAGACCACCCAGCAAUCAUGGAUUUCUCUCUGUACCUUCUCCCCACCUCUGCACCACACUGAAACCUCCCUCCCCCAUCCCCCCCACCCCCCAAACAACAACAGCACCACUACAAAUCUCUGUUUCAACUACUUUUCAUUCAGAACUCUACAGCAUUAAGAUAGUGGCUAGCCCCAAGAUCAUUCAUUCCAGCUGCGUGAGGAGCCGAGCUUAGCGGGGAAGUCGGGUUGGCGUUUCCUUUCCCCAUCUUUAUGGCUCAAAUGGUUUCCUUUCGUCUCAUAAGUCCAGCCAAAGGCCUUAAGCUUCUCCUGAAGCCAGCAGACAGGUCUGCCUGGGGACCGGCAUCCUGUGCGAGAGUCAUUGUGUUAGUCUGCCUCUCUUCCAAAUGCAGAAAUGUCCUGCUGCUACCCGCAGGAUGUUCUGGUCGAGCACCACACUUAGAGGCGUGAGUGGAGCUGCCUGUGUAUCUCAACACUCUCCCCUAUGUAUGGAGCGCAGGCAUUAUCGCAGGAUUCUGGUUUCACCUGGUUCUUUUCGCCCUGCAUCUUAAACUGUGAAUUUAAUUUUUUUUUUGUUUGUAUUAUUGUUAUUAAUUCAUAAUUAAUCCAGGUGAACGUUUAGAAUCGGGUUGCAGUUGCCUCGAUCAAGUGCAAGGCACAACCCUUGCGCGUCACCAAAUGAAUUCCUGGUGGAGCUUCUUCCUGUGUCUAGUUAAUCUGGUUAAGAGAUCGGCGGAAGUAUCCAGACAGCCACCUCAGUAAGGUGAGCAGCAGGACACCGAUCCCUUGGGACUAGGGUGUGAUGCCAGUCUUCUUCCAACAGUAUGGUGAAUACCUUGACACCAUCUGAUUUGCCUACUUAGAGAAAUAUUGGGUCACACUUUCCACCUUAUGAAGGGGAUUCUGUGAGCAAUUAUGUUGUCCUAUCUCAUUUAUGUUUUUGCUGACUCUGAUCUUGAAGUACACACCCAUGCCGGCUUAAGUCUCUCUGUCUCCAUUUAUUUGCAUUCUUUAAGUGAAUGUGGAUAUCUCAGGCUAGGCCAGCAUUUGUUGUCCAUCCACAACUGCCUUUGAAAAGGUGGUGGUGAACUGCCGCCUUGAACCACUGCAGGCCAUGUGGUGUAAGUAGGAACUUGUGAGGGAAGGUGCUCCCAUGUGUCUGCUGCCCAUGUCCUUGUAUAAGUUUUGAAAGAUGUAACUGUACAUUAUGUCAGUCGAACCUAGAUCCAUUGGUUGAGUGAGAGCAAAAGCAGAGGAACCGGAACGGUGCUUAUAAAGCGGGCAUUAACACUGACCAGAAAGAGACAGUAGGUUAGUGUUAAUACUGGACAGGGGCGGGGGAAGCAUUAAUCCUCAUUUAACAGCAUGAUAGUGCAGGCCCUGAAAGUCUAAAAUUAAAACAGCAAAGAUAGAAAAUAUUCAGGAGGUCAGGACAAGCAGCAUUUUGCUAAAGCUUUUAGUGGGUAACGCACUGGCAACUGUUUCAGGAGGAAUAGUUUACAGAAAACAUCCCAAGAUCAUAAUCCAGACUGACACUCUGACUGCAAUAUGAGAAGGCAUUGCAUAUUUGGAGGGUCAGUACUGAGGGAGUGCUGCAUUACCAAAGGAGCAAUAGCAAGGUUGUGCUGCAGUGUCAGAGGAGAUGUUAAGCCAAGAACCAGCCACUUCUGUUAGUUGUGUAAGAUGUCUCGUACUCACAGUUUUGAGGCAGAACUAAGAAGAUUUCCCUACUAUCCUAGGCCAGUGUUUAUCCAACAACUAACAUUGUCUAAAAAAAUGUGGAUAGGCUUUUUAGUCUUUUUUUGCGCUGUUUUGAGAGAUCUUGCUGUGAGCAAAUUGGAUGCUGCUUCUAUUCCUGCAUUUGCAACACAAAGACUGUCCUUCAUAACUGUAACAAAACAGAGCACUAUAGGAGAUUGGUAUAAAAUGCUAAUAGUUCUGUUCUUCCCAGGAGGUCCCCCUCAGCCUACCACUGCUGCAAAUCGUCUGAAUUGGCUUGGAUUAAAUUGGUUCAAUGUGACUCCAAUGGAAAAAUAUCUGUUGUGAUUUUGUAUGUGUACACCUUAAGAAACGUGUUAUUUUAAAAAGAAAAAUUAUGUAAUGGGAUAGAGUGCAUCCUGAACCUGGCUGUGAAGCUUUGUGACACUUAACUAGCCAUUUUUCCAGUUCACCAUCUGUGUCCAGCAACUGAAAAAUACUUGCCCGCUCCAGAGUUUGUCAACCUGGCUCAGAUCUGGUUUCAUGCACCCACUCGGAUAUGUGAGCAGGCACAUACCUCAGUGGCGACUGAGUUGACGUUUGACAACAUUUAAUCAAGUCUAUUCAGUUCUUCAUGUUCUAAGGCUCUGGAAAACCCCACAUACAUCCUUUUAAAAAAAUGUUUUUUUUUCAGGAAGUACCAGAUUUUGUUUCCAUUUGAUACUGUUCAUUAAAAGAUCAUUAUACUCUUUUUUUAUA